GGGUCCUCGUGUCAGUGCACAGUCUGUGUGUGGUACAGCGCGCGGAUCGGAGGAACCGGGUACCGACGACCGACAUUUUUAACGAAAAUACCCGGUUUAGUGGCCAGAUAAUUAUCAUCCGGACUUACUGGAAGAUUCCCCCACGACCGCUGGAUCUAACGCGGGUUUUUGUUUGAAGUUGUCCACGGUCACGGGCUUCAAGCAGAGUCCGACCGGACGGAGCGACGCUCUCCGUCUCGGGAUCACCGGGGUUUUUUUUUUAAAGGACUCUCAAGGGGCCAAAGAAGAAAAAGAAGAAGUCUAUGAAAAACAGAAACGUGAAUUUUUCGCUUUUAUCAGCCCGCAGUGACUCUUACGAGGAUAUUUAAGCCGCGUGUGGAUGUUAUUAUUGUGAUAUUUUCCUUUUACCUGUACGGCAGAGGGGAGGAAUCAGUCGAGACAAAGGUGGAAAGAGGGGAGAGGAAAAAAAAAAGAAAAAGAAAAAAGAAAGAAAGGGCCGUGGAGGUGAUAGUCUACAUCCAGCGGUUCGGGGUCUGAGUGCUCGCCUCGCAGCCGAGAAAACGAGGCUUUUGUCCGCCGCCAUCCUGCGCGCAGAGGGGAGGGGGCGGCGGUGAUUUACCGCACCUUCACUGGGAUUAUUACCGACGGAAACGAGGAGCGAAAAAACACACCGAUUCCCUCGUGUAAAGGACUCCGACAUGUAUCCACAAGGCCGGCAUCCGGCACCUCACCAGCCAGGGCAGCCUGGCUUCAAGUUCACAGUGGCAGAGUCCUGCGAUAGGAUCAAAGACGAAUUUCAGUUCCUGCAGGCCCAGUACCACAGCCUCAAAGUGGAGUACGACAAACUGGCCAAUGAGAAGACGGAGAUGCAGCGUCACUACGUCAUGUAUUACGAGAUGUCUUAUGGGCUCAACAUUGAGAUGCACAAACAGACUGAGAUUGCCAAACGCCUCAAUGCAAUCCUGGCUCAGAUCAUGCCGUUCUUGUCACAAGAGCACCAACAGCAGGUGGCUCAGGCUGUUGAGCGUGCCAAGCAGGUGACGAUGACCGAGCUGAAUGCGAUCAUCGGGGUACGUGGACUUCCCAAUCUGCCUCUCACUCAGCAGCCUCCUCAUAGUGUCUACCCAGCCUUCAUGCAGCAGCAGCUUCAGGCUCAGCACCUCUCUCACGCCGCCCACGGCCCCCCGGUCCAGCUGCCCCCCCACCCCUCGGGCCUGCCGCCGCCCGGCCUCCCCCCCGUGACGGGCGCUGGCUCGGGCCUGCUGGCUCUGGGCGCUCUUGGCAGCCAGGCCCACCUGCCUGUGAAGGAUGAGAAGAACCACCAUGACCUGGAGCACCGAGGACCCUCAUCUUUUCACUCGCCUCUGGCCAUUCCUCUGAAAGAACGCGAGUCGAGCACGAAUAACUCGGUGUCGCCAUCAGACAGCCUGCGGGCGGCGAGUGAGAAGCAUCGGAGCUCAUCGGACUACGGCCUCGACUCCAAGAAACGCAAAGUGGACGACAAAGACAGCAUGAGCAGAUAUGACAGUGACGGAGACAAAAGCGACGACUUGGUGGUGGACGUCUCCAAUGAGGAUCCAGCCACCCCUCGAGUCAGCCCCGCUCACUCUCCUCCCGAGAACGGCCUGGAUAAAUCUCGAAGCCUGAAGAAGGAUGCUGCCCCCAACAGCCCCGCCUCCGUGGCCUCGUCGGGCAGCACGCCGUCCUCCAAAGCGAAGGACCACGCCCAUAAUGACAAGUCGUCCACACCGAGCCUGAAGUCCAACACUCCCACACCGAGGAAUGAGGCUCCGACACCGGGAACCAGCACCACUCCAGGACUACGGCCUCUGACGAUGGGCAAACCACCCGGCAUGGAGGCAUUAGCUGCCCCGGCCCUGCGUACGCCUCUGUCCAUCGCAGGUUCUUACGCCUCCCCAUUUGCGAUGAUGGGCCACCAUGAGAUGAACGGAUCCCUGACCAGCCCGGGCGUCUACCCUGGUCUCAUUUCUCCACAGAUGAGCGCGGCAGCAGCCGCUGCCUACGGACGCUCACCAAUUGCCGGGUUUGACCCUCAUCCUCACAUGAGAGCUCCAGGCCUGCCAGCCAGCCUCACGUCCAUUUCCGGAGGAAAACCAGCUUAUUCUUUUCACGUAAGUGCUGAUGGUCAGAUGCAGCCCGUGCCCUUCCCUCCAGAUGCACUGAUAGGCCCGGGCAUCCCGCGCCACGCUCGCCAGAUCAACACGCUGAGCCACGGGGAAGUGGUGUGCGCUGUCACCAUCAGCAACCCCACACGUCACGUCUACACCGGCGGCAAGGGCUGUGUCAAGAUCUGGGACAUCAGCCAACCUGGCAGCAAGAGCCCCGUGUCCCAACUGGACUGCCUGAACAGAGACAAUUACAUCCGCUCCUGCAAGCUGUUGCCUGAUGGCCGCACCCUAAUAGUGGGUGGCGAGGCCAGCACGCUGACCAUCUGGGAUUUGGCCUCGCAGACGCCUCGCAUAAAAGCCGAGCUCACUUCCUCGGCUCCGGCCUGCUACGCGCUGGCCAUCAGUCCCGAUGCCAAGGUCUGCUUCUCCUGCUGCUCCGAUGGAAACAUCGCCGUGUGGGACCUCCAUAACCAGACCCUCGUCAGGCAGUUCCAGGGCCACACGGACGGAGCCAGCUGCAUCGACAUCUCCCACGACGGGACCAAACUGUGGACCGGGGGGCUCGACAACACCGUGCGCUCCUGGGAUUUGAGGGAGGGACGGCAGCUCCAGCAGCACGACUUUACCUCACAGAUCUUCUCACUGGGCUACUGUCCCACUGGGGAAUGGCUGGCCGUGGGAAUGGAGAGCAGCAACGUGGAGGUGCUGCACCACACCAAGCCCGACAAGUACCAGCUGCAUCUGCACGAAAGCUGCGUCCUCUCGCUGAAGUUCGCCUACUGUGGUAAAUGGUUCGUGAGCACGGGGAAGGACAACCUGCUGAACGCUUGGAGGACUCCUUAUGGCGCCAGCAUAUUCCAGUCGAAGGAGUCGUCGUCCGUCCUGAGCUGCGACAUCUCGGCAGACGACAAAUACAUCGUGACGGGAUCCGGAGACAAGAAGGCCACGGUCUACGAGGUCAUCUACUAGAGGAACGAGGCUCUCGCUCUGCUGCAGCACUUCUACUCAGAUGACUCGUACUCCCUUCUUCUCCCCGACCAACCAUCUGUGGACUACGACGGCUCGAGGCGAACUCCAAAUUUCUCAGACUUUAUUUGUGGGAAUCGGAAGCGCUGUUGGCCGAAGGAUGCUUGUACUGGAAAGACUUUUUUUUUUGUUUUUUUUUUUUUGGUCCUUUUGUUGUGGAGGGUUUAUUUCUGAGUUGCACAUUUUUUUUGUGACUUCUUUGAGAAAAUUUGGGUGUGACCUGGUGGAGCAGAGCUUCAUUUGUGAGAAACCCCAGACAUCCUGUGCAAAGUGUACAUACUGGAUUAAAUAAAAGACAUUUUAUAUAUAUUAUAAAAAUAUAUAUAUUUUCAUGUCCUGGGUGUACUUGUGAUGAUUGUUUUUUUUUUUUUUUUUUUUUUCCCCAGCCCAUAAUAUUUGAGUGGGAAAUCAGAACAUAGAUUAGAAACUUUUAACAAUUUUACUCUUUGAUUUUCUUAAAGCACAUUCUGCAGACUGAACUUUUCAGAAGUGUGUGGGAACUCAAACAUUUUGUGGAGAUUUAAGAAAAAAAAAAAGAAAGAAAAAAAAAAGCCUUUCACCGCUCUCACCGGCCGAGGAACUCGUGGUUCGAUGCCUCUGACUCAGACGGAGCCUCGACUGGUUCGGACCACUGUGGCAUCGAGCGGGACGCUAUGAUUCAGGAAAAGAGAUGGAUGUAAAUUUAAUUCGUAUAUAUAAAAACCUUUUUUUAAGUGUACUCGGUGUACUGGUCUGUCUGUGCUAUCUUUCUCCCUAUUUGUUUUGUUAGAUUUUUGGGAGACGUUGAAGCUUGGCUAACCCUUGGACCUCAACUGGCAGCAGAAGCACAAACUGAACGAGUGCUUUUUGCUAACUUGACGUAAUAUGGAUGUUGACUUUUUUUUUUUUUCUUGCUACAGACUAAACUCAAACAUCUAUUGGAACCUCUCUUCUCUUUGUAUCUUAUCGCUAUUCCUGGAAUAUGUUUGAUUGACUGGGAGACAUCGAUCUGAUUGACUCCACAGUCUUGUCUUCAGAGAAAUGUUCAGUGCCUCGAGUCGAUGCUCGGAAGGAAGGAAGGCACGGAGCUUAGAUAUAAACUGGUAUACUGAAGACGGUAAAUCAAGAUGUCUGAAUAAUUCUGGUUCUUACACUGUGCUACUGUCGGCAUUUCUCACGAGAAACUAAAAGGGGCGAAGCGCAGCAGUCCCUCUGAAUCACACCAAAGUAUGUAGCAAAUGCUGUCAGCACUGAAAAGAAAUGUACAGUUGUUAAUACAUCAAUAAAACCGUUUUUCUAGA